UGUGUUCGGUCUUUCCUCUCAAGGUCAGCAGGGAUUCAGACUACUGUUCUUAUUCCCACCGAUUCUGGGGUGAUUGAAUUAGGAUCAGUUAGAUCUAUUCCUGAGAACUCAAAAAUGUUGCAACUGAUAAGAUGCAUGUUCACAUCGAAUUCGGCAAUCAGAGUUAAACCCAUUACGGUGGUGCCUAUGAUGAAUGAGAAGAAAGAUGAAAACGGCUGUCAUUCCAAUUUUGCAUUCAGAGGACGACAGGACGAAUACCCUAAAAUUUUUGGGCAGGAUCUGAAUCUGGGAAGGUCUCAGAUUAUUGACAAGCCAAUUGUUGAGAAGGUGGAGGAGAGGCCAUGGGAUGUGUACCAAAAUGGCAACGGGGUUUCAUUUCAGAACAAUCGAAAGGGUGGUUUUCGUGGUAUGAAUUGGCCACAGCUCCGGGGAAUGAAACCUGGGACGGCAACUAACUCGUACAGUUCUCAAGCCCCAGUAAAUAAUCAGCAGAAGCUUGGUAAUAGUAUUUUGGUGAUGGAGGACCAUCGUUUAAAUCAAAUUCAGUCCCAGAACAAGCAACUACCAAAACAUAUUGAUUUCUCUGUGGGAGCUACGUCAAGGGGAAGUUUGGUUACUCGACCAGUUGAACUUGAGCCAGCAGAUGCUGAUGAGCAAUCAGGUCCAGCUGAUGAGCGGAGACCAAGAAAGCGAGGAAGGAAACCUGCAAAUGGAAGAGAAGAGCCACUGAAUCAUGUUGAAGCAGAAAGACAGCGUAGGGAGAAACUUAACCAGCGGUUUUAUGCAUUGAGAGCUGUGGUUCCCAAUAUCUCUAAGAUGGACAAGGCUUCUUUGCUCGGAGAUGCCAUUACUUAUAUUACUGAGCUUCAGGCUAAGCUCAAAGAGAUGGAA